AUGUCAGAUGCGCCGCUUCCUCAGACCCAGCCCGUUCGCCGGGCUGUGACCCUUCCUACAAGGCUUAUGCCCCGGAAGCAGCGUAGUUCGGACUCGUUGAAUAACUCUGAAGAUAACCUGUUUUACCAUCCGUCCGCAAAGAUUGUCCAUUUCGCCCCUAGAGCACUUGCGCCGAUUCCUUCCAGCACAGCGCCGUCUGAUUUCGACUACCCGGUUGAUACGAUUGAGACACUGCCAUGGAGAUCUCCAACGGAGCGAACCGUCGCUUUUGCUCCCCUGAGGUUGGAAAAUGUGCACGGCUUGACUGUUUUUCUUAAAUGCGGAAAUGUCGUCCAUGCGAUCCUCAAGAACUCCCAGUGUUGGUGUGUCGACGGCGAGACGACAUUCGUUCUGCGCAUUCGCCCUCUCACUUAUUAUCGCAUCGAACUUUCUAGCGGAACCGAUGAAGACAAGACAUAUGCCGUGGAGUUGAAAUGCGUUUUGCCGAAAGUCCUUCGCUACGAAAUUACACCAUGCCCCUUCAAGAGAGGUUUCACCGUGGAAAUACCGGAGGAGGCAAUGGCCCCGAGAAGGAAGAGAGCCUGGCGUCCAAAGGUUCGGAUCGAAAGUGCCCCUGUGGGAUCAGUCUCUAGCAAGGAAUCGAGCCCUGUGCGGAAGGACGAUGCAAGCGACGUUUCAAGCGUUGUCUCCAGUGUUGGAGAAGACACGGACGCCACGGACGAUAGUUGCUACGUACCCAAAGCCAACAGUACUGUUCUCGAGACUAUUCCUGAUGCCCAAGAGCCUUCUUCGCCAAUUUUUAUUCCCAGAUCUUUGGAUAUUCCAAAGCGCUCUGUGACGGAAACACAACAGAGCUUCCAAAACCUGCUGGCCAGGUUUGAAACCAACCCCGAACCUCAGGUUGACCCUGAGUUGUCAUUCUCUUCAAGUGUCGAAUCUUUUCACUCUAUGGAGCCUCCCUCAUCUCCACCACCCCCAUCAAGCUCUCACUCUAACUCUACAUGCCCUACGUCAAUCGGAGGUGCGGAGCUGGACGAAAGCCCCUUUUGCAACACCAAAAAACAACCAGAAACCUCAACUAAUCAAGACCCUACCCCAUUUGACGGAGAACGACCAUUUGAACUCACUCGCGAUAUCAUUUCACCUGCACCCAAGAGCAGUCUGAGAGCCCUAGUUGAAGAGGAACACCAACGAUCAGUGAGCACGGAGUCUUCCAAUGAAAGACCCAGUGCCCUCUCGAGAACGGAUACCAGUCUAAGUGAUAUGAGCAUUGAGUUUCGCCGUCGGGCUAAAGCAUCAAGAGAGCGAGACGUCUCCCCAAUGCCUCCGGUGUCGACAUUAAGCAUCGCCAAUCCCCCAGAAAAACAGGAUGCUGCUUCAAUCAUUAAACACACCUGCACCAUCGUCCUCGUUCCUCCAGUUCAGCUACUGCUUGUUCUGAUUCACAUCGCCGCGCGCAUUGUCAUUGGGCCUGCUUUGAACACCGCUCUUGGUGAUCUCAAUAAGAGAAUCGAAUAUCAAGUCACGAACCCGCAGGAUGCAGUCGAUGACUUUGAUCUUCCUCUAGCACCACCUCCUGAAUUCUCCAGGAGAGUUUCCGAAUCUAGGGAAACCAGAAAGCCUGAUCCUUUCGACCUCGACUAA